AUGACUGAUAAAGGUGAAAAUACAACGCGACGGCCUGUUCAGCACGUGGAACAGAAGCCGAUCGUUAUUAAAGAUGAAUGUGAAUGUUCGGUUUCGAUAGUUCUGAAUGUUGUCGAUGAGAGAGGGCAAGUCGACAGCGACGGUGCAAUGGAGAAGCUUAUGAAACAAGCGAAACGUCGCAAGUUGAAGGAGAGUAAAUACAUCCCGAAAGAGCCAGCGGGCACCCUCAUACCACGGUUGGCCGAAGCCGUGAAGGCGGAGAUCGCCGUCUGCAAGCAGAUGCAGGAAAGCGAAGAACGUAAGAGAGUA